GAGAGAGAGAGAGAGAGGGAAGAGGGAAGAGGGAUGAUAGAGAGAAAGAGAGUGUAUGCAAGGCUGGCUGUAUUCUGAUCCAAGUAAGAGUACCAGAGUGUGUAACCGUUGAAGGAAGUUUACUUGUGAUAUUUAAUAGCAGUUUAUUCUCCUUUAAUAUCCCCUUUCCAUACCCGGAAUUCAUUUUUUUGUCGGCUGAAACUCGAUUCCUUCUAUAUUAGAGACGUGGAUCCCAUCUUGACUAUCAGUCUGCAACCCCGCCUGUCUGACGACCAGCAUACCAUUCAAAUAGACUGUCAGCAAGCAGGAGAACCAGCCAGCCACCAAAACAGCCUGCAACUGCUUUCAAGACCGUAAGCCAAACAGAAGCGGAGCCAUGUUGAUCAUCCUAGCUUUUAUCAUACUCUUCCACCUGGUUGCGGCCAUCCUCCUCUAUGUGGCCACCAUUCACAAUGCAUGGUGGGUGGUGUCGUCUGCCGGUCGGGAAAUCAUCUACUCUGACCUGUGGUACUCCUGUAAUUCCACCUGCUACCCCGUAGAAAACAGCCACAAAGUUGAAGCUGCUUAUCUGCAGGCAGUCCAGGCCACUAUGAUCCUGGCCACCAUUUUAUGCAGUGUCAGCUUCUUUGUCUUCAUUCUUCAGCUGUUCAGGAUCAAACAGGGAGAGAGGUUCAUUUUCACAGCUAUCAUCCAGUUGUUGGCCUCUCUAUGUGUGAUGGUUGCGGCCUCCAUCUACACAGCUGAGAAAAGGAGCUUUCAUGUGACCAGCCUCCACCAAGGCUCCUAUGGCUCCUCUUACAUCCUAGCAUGGGUCAGCUUCCCCAUGACUCUCAUCAGCGGCCUCAUGUACCUGGUGCUCCGGAAACGCAAAUAAGCCAAAAAUACAGCAUCUUCAAAUAUAUGGAUAGGAACAUGGACACAAAUGCAUACAAAAUGCAUAUACAGAUUCUCUCUUUAAUCCUGAGAUUUUCUUUAUCAUUGAAAUUAUGGGAAACCACUGCGCAUACGGCAGCAUUUCAUUUCAUUUCACAGGUCCAGCAAUGGACAAUCCCCACUAACGUAUUCGACAAACAGGUUUGUGUCAGUCUAACAUGUGCAGAUCCAAGUUUGUGAUGAUCCCUCCUCCUUCCUGAGGGCGCAUUGUUCUCACUGAAAACAUGGCAUUUAUUCACGAGGACCAAACCCACCCUGUGCCUUUGUUUUUCUGCUUUCAUGUUUUUGGAAACAUUUGAGGUGAAAAAUGCACCAACAAAGAGCCUUGACUGGAAAGUGUCUAGUUACCUUUGCCAGCUCAGUCUACUGUGGUGGAUAACUUCAUUCAUAUGUAGCAAAUGCACUCCACAUGGUGGUGUAUUUAUCUCUCAGUCACGGCUUAGCGUUGAAUCCUGGACUCCUUGCAGUGUUUAGUGAGAACAUUAUGUACCUUCGUCAUUUUUGUUUCAUAAGCUCCUUUUUUUUGUAACAAACCUCAUCUUCUUCUCUCAUUGUUGUCGACCAGUUCCAUUUAGCUCCAUGGGUUUGGUCUGCCUCAGACAUAGCACCUGGAUUUGCCAAAGGGUCCAUUCUUAUUGAUGAGACUUCUCAUUAUUUGUUUUGUACAUAUUUGCUGUGUAUGUAUGGGUUUUAGACUCCCAUAUUUGAACUAUAUAGAUAAAAAAAAACUGUGUUAAUCUUAACAUACAGGAAUUGUAAUGAAGCAAUAGUUAGAAUAGUGUAGACUUUUGCCCUUUUUGUAUUAUUUUAUGACUGACUCGUGUUUUAAUGGUUAAAGAAAAACCAAUGACGUGCUGCGAAAUUUGGGAUUUCAAAUGAAAACAUAAACAGUGCAAACUUGAAAUAAGCAUGACCAUGUCUCUGUUGCUAUUGCUAUAGCAAACGCUAUUUAUUGUUUCAAAACCACUCUUUUAGUUGCAUUUUGUCAUCACCUGACUCGAGACAAAUGAAAUAAUAAUGUCUCGCCAUAUUUCCCUGCUCUGGCCAGGCUACCAAUGGUUUCUCGCAGGAACAUUUCUACUCACACUGAUGAUAAGGAUAAAUUUGGUACUGUUUCCCUGAAUUAAAUCCCGUAAUGGCCUUUUUGGCAGUAUUAAAAUGCUGAUUAAAAUUAUUUUUCUGCUUACUCAAGUUGAUACUUGAAAUCAAAUACUGACAGACGUUGAUCUUUAUUGUAGAGUUUGGUUAAGCUGUCAUCUUAAGGAUUUGUCUUAAUGUUUUAAUGUUUCAGAAAAUCUCAAAUCUAACACUGAGGUCAAAAGUAGCUGGUAAAUUAUCUUGUCGAUUAAAAUGCUUUCCAGUCAGACUUAAAUAAUCACAAUUAUUAGGCUGGACCAAACUCCCACAGCAUCUUGUCAAUUAAACAACACAGAGUUACUGUGAAAUAUGGGAACACACCUACAAAAUACUCAGAAGUUGUUGAAUCCAAAACUGUAUUUAAUUUUUUUUUGUUUGAUAUUUUGUUUGAGGGGGGGUAAAGUAUUAUGUUGCAUUGUUUGAAGAUUGCAUUUAGCUUUGAAAGACCAGACAUGACGAGAACUUGAAAUAAAAAACUAUUUGCUUUACUGCAUGGCAUUUCCCACAUUUGUUGUGUCAUUUGACCAGUUCAUAAGCAUCUGGUUUCUUUACCCAUGCUGUUGUUUCUGUGCCUGUGUUGCCACAUCAGGGUCUGCUCUUCUCAUCUGUAAGAAAUCAUCCGAAAGAUUCAUGUACCACAUAUUAAAGUGAAACCUUUGUCUGCUAUCGACACCUGGUGGACUCAUAAAAAACUACACAUACAAGUUUCAGGCUCCUGACUUUUGCCCUGGGCUACAUGGU